AUGGAUGUCCACAGCGUCAAUAUCAUCGCCCUCGCCUUUGGCGCCCUCGCCAUCAUCAUCCUAUCAGCCGCCUCCCUGCUCUUCUGCACAGUCUUCAGUCGAGCUCCAAGCCGCCAACAGCCCAUGGCCAGCCGGCCACGGCUGAAGCAGCCAAUGCUGUGGCUGCGACCCGUCUCCCCGCUGUCGCAGAUGGGGGAUCUGCCACCGCCGCCGAACCGGCCGCGUGCGACGUCGAGCGUGUACAGCCGUGACGACAAUGGGGUGAGAAAUACGGUCUUCUUCGCAGUCUGA